UUUUAAACUAUAGAAUAUUUAUAUUAUAAAUGAAGAAGAAUUCACCUCCUAGUUUGCCAUUGAAGGUUCCCACUGGCUUAUUCAACAUCGGUAACACUUGUUUUGCGAACUCAGUUAUGCAAUGUAUCCUUCACACACCAGAGAUGUAUCAGUUGUUGUCUACUAUUAAGACAGGAGAAAGUGAAGGCGAAGGCGAGGAUGAAUCUGAAGGUGAAAGCGAAUAUUCUGAAGAAUGUAUAAAACAACCAGAGUUCAACAACUUUGACUACAAUGAUGACCUUCCAACAUAUUGAUGCUCCUUCUGAGGGAUUCAGGAAAUGAUGGAAGAGAUGGAGAACAGUGAGUCCAAUAACUUCCUUCCUCUUGGCAUGAAGGAUAUUAUUAAGAAAGUAUUCGGUGAAGAGGUAAGAAUUGGUAGGCAACAAGAUGCCCAUGAAUUCCUUAUGAUCCUACUCCACACUCUUGAAGAUUCAGAGUGUUACAAAUAAAGCGGUAACAGAAAUUAAGCAGCAAUAUAAGGUUAAUAAAUCCAAGAUGAUUGAAUUAAAUCAAAUUUUUGAAGGAACUUUUACAAGCAACAUUCAAUGUAAGAAAUGUAGGAAGAACAACAAGAAUGAGCAGAGGUUUCAAGACAUCAAUCUGGACAUCAAAAGCACAUUUGAAGAUAGCAUGAAAUUCUAUUUUUCAUCUGAAAAAUUAGAAGGGGAUAACAAGUAUGAUUGAAGGAAGUGUAAUCAAUAUACCAACGCUGUUAAGUCUUUAUCCUUGAAAGACCCUCCUCUUAACCUCAUCGUUAACCUGAAGAAAUUUGAUAUCAAUGGAGCUAAGAUCAAGGCCAAAAUCGAGUACCCUUAUAGCUUCAAUUUGGGAGAUUAUAUCAAAUCAACAGGAAAAGGAUCGAGGAGUAAGACAGGAAAUAUGUACGAACUCUAUGCUGUAAUUAACCAUGAGGGCUACUAUAGCCAUUGAGGCCAUUACAACUGAUACGUUAGAGGAUUUGACCAGAUCUGGUAUAGAUGUGAUGAUUCAAAAAUCAAGAAAAUAGGUAGUCAAAAUCAGACUAGCUCAGAGAAAGCGUAUAUACUCUUUUACAAGCUUAUAAAAACUCCUGUAAAUAAGAAAUCUAAAAGUAAAUCUAAAAUACCUGUUGGUUUUGAGCCAAAGGAGGAAAAUAAAUAUUGAAAAUCAGGAAAUAUAAAGCCUCCUCCUAGUUCUCGUAAGCGAAGAAAAACAGCUAAACCUGCAAAAUCAAAACCUGAUAACUCUUCAAAAUCAAAAGAAUGAUCUACUUUAAAAGAGGAGGAAGUUACUUGAGGUAUGAGCACAGUAGUCCAAAGCUCAGGCUCAUGCUCCAAAAGGUUUAAAAAGGCUGAAGCCGAAAAUUUUGAUACUUUUGCUGAAAUUUCAAUUUAGAAAUAUGGCAAAGGCACUUAAAUAAAGCUCUUCUAUUCUCAACAUGUCAU